CCCAACAUUACAUACAUCGUAAUUUCGUAUUGAUCAUUAAUCAGGAAAAUGAAGGUGGUGAUGUUGAAGAUUGUAAUUGUACUAAUGUUGUGUUCAUCAUCAACAACAUUAGCACAAAUGCCGCAAUUAAAUGAUUUAUUAUCACCAUGUUUAAAGAAACUAAAUGAGUGCUAUAAAAACAGUAUAGACUUGACCAAAAUGGCGGAAUCUGCAGUCUUCUCCCCCCCAGGAGAAACUCAACUUCAAUGCUGCACAGAGUGGUCACAACAAAUCAAGGAAAACACAAGGUGUUUAUGCAAAGCCUUUAAAUCUGAUCUCACUGCGUUUACGGAUACUUUCAAUGUUUGCAACCUCAAUGUUUCUACUACCUCUAUGUGCCAAGGUAUUAGCAACAGUGGGAUCGCUAACAAGAUUUCAUAUUCAAUUGGAUUUCUACCAAUUCUACUCUUCAUUUUGACAAUAAUAGUCAAACCUUAAUAGGAGAUCGAUGUAGAGUUUUGGACGUCGAAUGUUUUAUUUGCUUCGUUUCUGUAACUUGAAAUUGUAACAGUUUGACUAUUAAUCUGUUAUGUAUAGUAACGCACAACUCUAACCAUUUUAACGUCGUGUUAACUGCUAAGUUUUAUUUGUAUUUUUUGGAUCUUGUUUUAUUAUGAUUUGUACGACACUAUUGGAAUUUCCAAAUGAUACAAAUAAUAAUUAUUUUAUUAUGUCCUGCAA